UUACCCAGAAGCCACUUGUGUUUCGCGCAGUCGAUGUACUAGCUCUUUAAAGAGCUCGCCAGAUGAAUGCAUUGUGCAGUUAUGUAGCUUGUAAGACCGAGGAGCCGACUAGACUGGGCACCUGUUGUUGCAGACCAGCUUUACGGCCUCCAUUGGGCAAGAGAAGUGUUGUUAAAACUGCUGUUUGUGCAACACAUCAUUGAGUUAGCCACAUGCUAGCAGGCUAGCUGUGUUUGUUUUCCCUUCUCGACGAGCGAGCUAGCAGGCGGCUAACCUCGCUUGCUAACACUGCGCGCUUUUUAUUCACCUCAGCCAUGUUGUCUUCUGGACAAUAACUGCCGCCCUCGUCCUCCAAGUGUCCCGCAACCAUGUGGCAAAGUGUGGGACUCACUCUGCUGGUCAUUGUGGCCACGCUCUUCUGUGCGUUUAUCUUCAUGUUGUGUGGUUGGUAUGUAGUCUGGCAGCUCUUCUUGUCCAAGUUCAAGUUCCUGCGCGAGCUCGUCGGAGAUGCGGCUGCCCCGCGGGCUGAGAGCCAACCGUCCGAAAGCAAGGGUGAGCGCGCCGCCGACGUCCCCGCGCGGAAUCGUCCCAGGACCGCACGCCAAAGAGUGUCCUUCCCGGAGAGCGGCACCUUGUGAGAUGUGCUCUUCUACACUAAACAAGGUCCGAGGUGAGGUAGGAAGCCUCACUCUUGAACCCAGACACUUGAAUUUGGAGCAGGCAGAUGUCCGGGCUUCUAAAGGGAUUUAGAGCAGCAUCCAUUAGGGCAUGUCACCACUUCCUGUGUUCACCUCCCAGAAGUGCAAUGAAAGGAUUCAUGCAGUCCAGAUGCUACACACUAGAUGUCUACCUGCUGCAGUAAAAAAAACAAAAAAAAAACGCCCUUAUGGCAUCCAAACCGUCUCUCUCGCCCCCUUCCUGCUUUCUGCUUGCACUAGUGCCUGUCUGUAGAUGGCGUCCACUGUUAGCCACAUCAUGUGUGCCGUCUACAACAAGGUCAUGUCCAUUGACCGAUGAAAAGCCAAGCAGGCCUUGUUGAUAUGAUUCCCCUUCCCUUCGCGUUUAUUAUAACUACUGCACCUUUUUAAUGAAGGAUAAUGAAGUAUAUCUGUGGAGCAGCUGCUUCAAACCAAACAUGUGGAGCUCAGUCGUCAGAGAUGUACUGUAUGUCCUCACUAGUUAAUUUUUUACAUUAAAGUCCUCAAUAUUCA